CUUGCUUCCUUAUUGGUCAACAGGACUGAGCUCUGACGCAAUACAGGGCGACGCCGGACUCCGGAGGGGUCAGAAAAACCUGAUCUUAAAGAGGAGGAAACUGUAUAAAGGAUGCGUUUGGAAAACAUAGUCAGACACUGGAGGAGUCAUCUGCUACAGCACAAGAUGAGGAGCUGCUGGCUGUCUCUGCUCUUACUCUCUGCAGUCACAUUAGACAGCGGUCUCUCUCAAUCUCCAGAAUUGGAUAUCCAGGAUGAAACGCGGAUAUUAGAGUUAGUGAAACGCUUCAACCUACAGAACGAUGUCGACUAUUUAUAUAAACCUGAGGAAGGAAUUAACCCUGAGGAGGAGGGGAAUCCCCGGAAACUGAAAUGUAGAAUAAAAGAGACGGUCUGCCCCAGAAAUGCAAAAAGAGAUUUACUAAAAUGUGAUCAUCAAAAACAGGGGAAGGUUCAGGAGUGUGCCGUUGUGUUGGCUGAGACAGACGCAGACGCAGAUGAGAUAACGUGCAAGCCUCUGACUCUCCGGGGAGGCGGCAGCAUGAUAGCCGGUUUUGACCCACUUAGAGAUGAACAUUGAUGAGCGCCCUCUGUGUUGUAUAACAAUAUCUAUGUAUAUGAUGUGUUUUAUAAGCCAAACAUAAGUCAUUCAGAAAUGAACCAAUAAAAUGGGGUUUGCCGUCUGAA